CCUCCAAUCACGUGCCUCUUCCAGCCCUCUCCUCUGUAACCCGUGACCACACCCUGCGCUGGUUACACCUGAUUUCUCAGGUACACCGAGAGUCUCGAGCGAUCCCGGACUUCCUCGUUCGCGGGAGUUAUGGACGUUACGCGCUGCUGCAGCGGAGCGCUCUGAAGUGAAACUCACGACAAACAGCGAUUUAAUAAAGUCUAUAAACAAAGCAAGAUGAAUGAAAAGGAAGUUGAGGAAGCCGCAGUGGACGUGAUGCCGAAACAAGAUCUGAGCUGGAUUCCAAAUUUAUUUAAGAAGAGAGUGUGCACGACAUUUGUGGAGGACUCUUUCAGCAAUGGCGGUCGAUGUCAGUGUGGGGCCACGCGGGACUCCCACCCUUCAGUGGCCUUGGGCGAUUACUUCAGCACGGCCAUCGUCAGUCACUGGGACAGCACACAGCACUCCUCCGAGCAGCCCACAGAUGCCUAUGGAGAGCUGGAGUUUGCUGGGGCCGGCAAGAGACACAGCUAUUUCUUGCGUCUCUCCAGCACCACAGAUCCUUCUAUGGUCUUUAAUAUCAUGAGACGACACUGGAAACUGGGGCAGCCCAACCUGGUCGUGUCAGUGGUUGGCGGUGAAGGAAGGUCAAAGGUCAAGAGCUGGGUGCGAGAGGUCUUGAGGCAGGGGCUGGUUAAAGCGGCACAAAGUACAGGAGCGUGGAUCAUAACCUCAGGGCUGAGAGAAGGCAUCGGCAAGUGUGUAGGAGAGGCAGUGAGAGAUCACGCCGCCGCAGUGUCUUCUGUCACUUUCAAUAAAGUGGUUCCUAUAGGCAUUGCUCCUUGGGGAAUGGUACAUAAUCGCCAGCAGCUCAUCGACUCUGAGGGAAGUUUCCCCGCAAAGUACUUUGUCCAAAAUACUCCGCGUGCCACCUGCUCUCUGGAUAAUAACUACAAGGCUUUCCUUCUUGUGGAUGAUGGGACCGAAGGACGUAAAGGUGGGGAGGUCAGUUUCAGAGGCCGUCUGGAGGAUUACAUUUCACGUCAGCGCCCAGGCAGUUCAAGCAUUGACAUUCCUGUUCUGAAUAUGCUGAUAUCUGGAGGCAUUUCCAUGGUGGAGGCAUUAGAAAUCUCUCUGAAGAAUUCAAUGCCCUGGUUGGUCCUGGCUAGUUCGGGUGGGCUUGCUAAUCUUGUGAGCGACAUUGUGGAGAACGUGCAAUCUGCUCCGAUGUCUUCGUUUGGAGGAGCAGAGAACGAGGAAGGGUCUCCCAACAUCGAGCUUAGAGAACGAAUAACCACGAAAGUAAAGAAACACUUUCCUUCAGAGCAAGACAUGGACAAGCUUGUUGAUAAGGUUUUAAGCAUCUACCAGAACAAAGACCUCAUCUCCAUUUAUCACGCUGAAGGAGUGGAUGAUUUUGACACUGUGAUGCUUAAAGUGCUUGUUCAAGCGAGUAAACAGCGGGUUUCGGUGUCUACUAAUCCCUAUGUUGAUGAGUUGAAGCUGGCUGUAACCUGGAACAGAGUGGACAUUGCAAAGAGUGAACUCUUUAGUGGAAACAUCGACUGGAAGUACGAAGAUCUUGAAGAAUCCAUGACUGAUGCCCUGGAGAACGAUAAACCCCAGUUUGUGCGUCUCUUCAUUGACAAUGGUCUGAGCAUUGUGAGCUACCUGACUUAUGGCCGACUGGAGGGUCUUUACGACUCCAUCUCUAAAACCUCCCAGGCUGGCAUGCUGCUGCAGCAUCUCCUGGAAGAGCGCAUAAACGAGUCCAAUGAUCGCACGUGCCAAGUCAGCCUUUAUGAGGUGAGUCAGCUGCUGGAGGAUCUUUUGGGAGAGGUGUGCCAGCCCUUCUACAGGUCUGUUCUGCAGGUGGAAGCAACAUCUACCAAAAGAAAAGCUUUGAAGAAAGCAUGCAAGGUCCUGAAGGAAGAGUGCAUUUAUCGAAAAAACAUGUGUCGGCACCCAUGGCUAGGUCUCUUCCUCUGGUCGGUGCUGCAGAACCGUGGUGAAAUGGCGAUCUUCUGCUGGGAAAUGUGCGGUGAGUCGGUCCUGACGGCUCUGGGAGGAUGUAAACUAUUGAGGGAGCUGUCUAAACUGGAGAUUGAGACAGAAGCCAAGCAUUCAAUGAAGGAGUUGGCCACAAAGUUUGAGUGUAUGGCACACGAUGUUUUUAGCACAUGCUACCAAACCAAAGCAAGUUAUUCCUACAAGCUGCUGAUCCGCAAGUCUUAUCUGUGGGGUGACGCCACCUGUCUGAAGAUGGCCUUAACUGCUGACGCCCGUUUAUUCUUCAGCCAUGAUGGAGUACAGUCCCUGCUGUCUCAGAUCUGGUGGGGUGACAUGGAAAGAGGAACAGAGCUCUGGAAACUCGUGCUGACGAUGAUCAUUCCUCCUCUCCUCUACACCGACCUCAUCGAUUUCAAGAAAGCGGAGAAUGCAGAAGAGGUGAAAUCAGUGAUGGUACCUCCACCUCCACCUUCAGCAACAUACAAUAAUUACGGAGAGACUGUCUUCUCCUUCAAUGACAUCAAACACCAUGAAGGUGAUCAUGAGGACUUGAAUAACAUCAGACGGUCCACAAAAGCAGGUACUGCUAUGAAUUCCCAACCCAGGAAGGGUCUCAUUUGGGUUUCCCGCUGGAAGCAGUUCUGGUACGCCCCUGUCACUUCAUUCAUCGGCAAUGUUGUGAUGUACUUCCUCUUCCUGUUUCUGUACGCCUACGUGCUAUUGGUCGAUUUCAAACCACCUCCACCCGAAGGGCCUGCCGUUUCUGAGUAUGUGCUGUAUUUUUGGGUGUUCACGAUUGUGUGCGAGGAGAUUCGAGAGACAUUCAUUGUGGGCAGCAAGACAUUUGGUCAGAGGCUGAUGCUGUAUGCUCAAGAUGUGUGGAAUAAGUUUGAUGUUCUUGCCAUCUCCCUCUUCAUCGCUGGAAUGUGCUGCAGGAUGUUCAGCUGGUCAUUCAACUUCGGACGUGGUAUACUGUGUAUGGACUACAUGGUCUUCACGCUGCGACUCAUUCACAUUUUUGCCAUUCACAGACAGCUGGGACCAAAAAUCAUCAUACUUGGCAAAAUGAUAAAGGAUGCAUUCUUCUUCUUAUUUUUCCUUGCGGUGUGGCUGAGUGCAUAUGGAGUGGCCAAUCAAGCUCUACUGUACCAAUAUGACCCAAGCCCUGAUCGAGCGUUUCGACGAGUCUUGUACAGACCAUAUUUGCAUAUAUUUGGACAGAUUCCUGUAGAAGAAAUAGACACUGGGAAGUAUUGGGAUAGAGACUGCACAGAUAAUCUAACACUGAUUAACGAAGGGAAAGAGCCAUGUAGAGACACCAGCCACAACUGGCUUGUGGUCAUUUUGCUGGUCAUAUUCCUACUAGUCACCAACAUCCUACUAGUCAACCUGCUCAUCGCCACAUUCAGCUAUACUUUCUCUAAGGUUCAGGAGCGCAGCGACACAUACUGGAAGUUUCAGAGGUAUACUCUGAUAGUGGAGUAUCAUUCACGUCCAACUCUCGCUCCACCCUUCAUCAUCCUAUCCCACAUCAACCUCUUAAUCAAAAGAAACUUACGCAAAGUGGCAUCCACCAAAAUCCACCGAUUUGCGUUGCAGUUGAAGGGUAGAGAUGCUAACAAGCUGGUGAAAUGGGAGACCUUUCAGAAGGAGAAUUUUCUGGCUCUCGAGAACAAAAAACGGAGAGGGACAGACUCUGAGAGGCUAAAACGCAUGACUGCUAAAGUGGAUGGUGUCAUCAAACAGGUUGGUGAGAUCAGAGAUGUUGACCGUAGACUGCGAGCACUAGAAUCAGAUAUGGAGUACUGUACAUCAUCUCUUCAGUGGAUUAUGGAAGCUCUGUCUCAAAGCAGUACAGUGAAGGUCACUAAAGCACACCCGACUCGCAAAGCCUCAGGCAUUUCAGCUUCCAUUGAGAAAUGAAAAAGAGCCUGUAUUUCCUGUAAUCGUCUGAUGUCUCUCACGCUCACGGACACAUGAAGCAAGAAGCUGCACAGAAUCAGUGAAAGGAGGGGCAAUGACUUGUCAGAAAAACUCCCCAUAUUGUUCUGUUUUCCAUUUUUAAACUGGUCAUCCUGGCCUUUUCACGGUUCAUCCUGCUCUUACAAGUUUAGCGCUCCCAAAUGACCUGCCCUCAUUUUGCAUGUGAUUGUGGGAAGGGAACACGGCACAUAAUUUCCUUGAACUUGCUGUACACUGAAAGGUCAAUUAUGUCAUGUUACAUUCAUAGAUUACUUUUAUUGUUACGUUUUAUUAUAAGGUCAGGAAAACUGUCUUCAUAUAAUCUGAUUUUAUAGAGCUAUAACAUUUAGAAAAUAAAGAAAUGUUUUUAAAUUGCGGCUUAAAAGGAUAGUUGACGAAAAAAUGAAAAUUCUGUCAUAAUUUACUCACGCUCAAGUUGUUCCAAACCUGUAUGAAUUUCUUUCUUCUGCUGAACAUAGGAUAUUUUAAAGAAUGUUGGUAACCAAACAGUUGCUGGUCCACAUUGACUUCCAUAGUAUGGAACAAAAUGCUAUGGAAGUCCAUGGGGACCAGCAACUGUUUGUUUGGAACACCUUGAGGGUGAGUAAAUUAUGAUUUUGGGGUGAACUAUCCCUUUAAAAGCAGCUGUAGGAACAAAACCUAUGAACAAUUCACAUUUAUUGAUUAUGCAGUCUUGGCACAUAUCUUGACACACGUUACAGUACACUAAAUUAGCCUAAUGUUCAAUAGGGAUGUUUUAAUAUCUACAGUAACUUAUUUGACAAACCGAACAAAUAAAAACAAAUAUAAAUAAAUGCUUUUUGCAAUCAAAUAUGGAACUGGAAUGCUGAAAUGAUUGUUUACAUUUUAAAAAUAGCAAGAUAUUUUUCAUAAGAUGUACUGUAAUUGCAUUCUGUAACAAUGUUCUCUGAUUUUGUUUGGGUCUUUAUUCUGUUUUUGGAUAUUUGUUUAAUUUUGUGAUGCUAUUUUUAUAGUUCUUCAUUGUCUUAUUUGUGAUAUUGUAUUCACUUUUUUUGUAUUAGACUUUUAAUAUACAUUUUGAAACCAUAACAUCUGAUGUAACUAUUUAUAGGAUUGUAAUGUUUUGGCAACCUCAGCAGAACAGAAUCAGCAGACAGAGAGGAGAUAAAUGCAUUGCGAGUCCAAGUUUGCCUCUCGGAUUUCAGGGGCAACAAAGAUCCUUCAGCAUGUUCUCUCUUCCCCAACCCCCACCCCUCCAAAACUAAAGCUAUCCCAAUGGACUCUCUGGACUUGUAGACCCCACUAAGUUUGCUGUCCUGUGUUGAUGUAUUAUCAAUUGAAACAGGAAGUUUGGGCUGGACAGUUUGUCACUUUUUUUCUUUUCUUUUUUUUUUUAAGUGGCAAUAGGUUAUAGUUAUGUGACAGCUAUGGUAGAAACUGAGCUUUUCAAAACUCCAAAUCAGUUGAACCAAUUGCUCACUAUUUUAAAACACUCCAAACGCACACGCAGGCGAUACACCGGAUUGUCAAAAUGCUGUAAAUGUAAUUCAAAUGUUUUUUCUUGAAAAUGUAUUCUAUUAAUAAUCAUUCUAACGCCAUCAAAUAUGAAUUGUCUGUAUAUGUUUUCUUUUAUUAAUUUGUAGGGCUAGUUUUGUGGGUUUGGCUAAUCAGGCCAAUAAGAGACAAUUAACUAUGACUCUUUUAUAUAGAGGUUCUCAAUUUCUUCAAUAUACAGGUGCAUCUCA